GAUCCUGCCCAGACCAAACUUGGACUGUUAAAUGGACCAAGACUCUUUCAGGCAACUUCUACAAUCAGGUGGUUCCGCUGCAAGUUCACGUAAUGUGCAGCCCACCGCGACGUCCAAGGGCAAGGCGAAGAAGGCAGAUUCUUCUCAACCAGCCUUCAAGCCCCGGACGAUCAAAAAGUCCGCCGCGAGCAACUACAGAGAUCGAGCAUCCGAGCGUCGCCAUGGUCUAGCAAGCGACUAUGCUCAAGUCGAAGCUCUCGCAGAGGACUUUGAACGCAGAGCAGCUGAAGCUGCCGAUGCUCUCGCUAAAAAGACCUUAGAAGAACAACGCUGGAGGAAGUUGCCUGUUACAAGGCUGCUUCGGAUCAGUUCGCAGUCACUCGCGGCGAAGACACGCAUGCGAAGCAGGAGAUUGCUUUAGCUGAGAAGACUGGUCUUGAAAGUUAUCACCAACGUCCAGAAAAAGCUUAGCGUAUCUAACGAGGAAUGAGAUAGCCUUCAGGCCGAGCUCGCCCAACUCCGUGCUGAGCUGGAAAACAGCCAAUCACAUAGGAGCUCACUUGUACGUGAAGUUUCCAAAUGUGAGUCUCUCGUGGAGGAGCUGGAGAAACAUCAGACUGUCAUUGCAGAUAUGCAAGAAAAUUUGUUCAAACACUCCAUAAUGUACAUCAGGACGGAUAUUAGGAUUUAGAACGAGCACCUCUCGCACGAGUGAC